AAUUAUAGAGUUAAAGGGGAGGAGCAGAGACGUUACACACAUAUACACACACACGCUCGCGCGCGUACCACAGGCCGUCGGUGCGCGCUGACUCUCCAAACAAGCGCUGAAUAACCCAGCAUCAUCAUCCCUCCUCAUCAUCAUAUUCCCAUCAGCGUGUGCACGAGCUGCAUCACUGACAGCAGCGCGAGGAAUUCUGUGAUACAAUGAAACAAACGCGCGCAGAUUCAUCCUAAGGUGCUGUGUGAUUUAGAGGAGAAAGGGGCUCAACUUUCCUAUAUGAUGUGCAUCGACCAGAGACGUUGUUUGGUUUUCUCCAGCUCCCCGUGAGCAGAAGUGUUUCUCGUUCUCCUGAUCCGCUCUGUCAUGAUGUCACGGUACCAUCAGCGUUUUGAGCGGGAUUUCCGUGGCGUGUGGGAGCGGAGGGAGCGUUGCAUCACCAACAGCAGCUGCGGUGGCACUGUUAAUGGCUGUGUCUCCACGUCUGCCUCUUCCGUCCCCAACAGCGGCAACAACCGUCCCGGCCUCCUCCCCCUGCCCGUCAUCCCCUCGCUGCUGCCCACCCCGGUCACCGGGACAACCAACACGUCCAAUAGCGAGCUGACCUGCAAGCGAUUAGCUCCCACCUGCACGACCUCCACGACUAAGGUCUCUGGGCACCCGUUGGCAGACACGCAGACUCAGGGCCAGGUCCUGGCUAAUAGCGUCCUGUGGGGACAAACACCCAUUAACCAGUCCACGCCCUGGGACACAGACGAGCCGCCUGCAAAACAGAUGAGGGAGAAAGAUAUCGCAGCUCCUCUAUGGCCACCGCAAGUUGCUGCCACUGUCAGCCAGGCUGGACUCUUGGCGCACACGUACGCCCUGCAGCAGGCACCAGCUUACAGCCAAUGUGCGACCGUCCAAGCGCCCAUUAUCGGCGUGACCCCAGCGCUCCACACUCCUCACCCACAGUUACCCGCACACUACCAGCUCCCGCAGCAGCCUUCACAGCCGAUGGCCAGCAUGGUCCUCAAUGUCCAUAGCCAAUCCCUCGCUGUCGGCGGCCUGCCCCCAAUGCCCAGCGUCUGCCAGGUCGCCCAUCCCGUCCACACGGUGGUGGGCAACGGUCACCUGACCCACCCCAUGGUGCAAUCUGCCGCCAUGACCUCCUCCACACUGCCCACCAACGGACCUCUGACGAAUGGCCAGCAGGAGAAUACCAACAAUGGCCUGCAGAUGCUGAGAACUGUCGGACUGGGGAAAUAUGAAUUUACAGACCCCUGGCAUCCCAAAGAAAUGUUGAAGGAAUUGAACCAGCAGCGGAGAGAGAAAGAGUUUACAGACCUGAAAAUAAUUGUUGAAGGCAAAGAGUUUGAAGUCCAUCAAAAUGUUCUAGCUUCCUGCAGCUUGUAUUUCAAGGACAUGGUGAAAAGGUUAUCGGGCGAGAACAGAAACGGUGAGAAGAUGCAGCUGACGAUGAGCAACAUCAGUUCAGACGUUCUGGAGCUUCUCCUGGAGUUUGUUUAUACCGGUUCCCUCAUUAUCGACUCGGCCAACGCCAAGACCUUACUGGAGGCGGCCAACAAGUUCCAGUUCAACACUUUCUGCAAAGUCUGUGUCUCCUUCCUCGAGAAACAGCUGACGGCCAGUAACUGUCUGGGAGUGUUGGCCAUGGCUGAGGCGAUGCAGUGCAAUGAGCUCCACAACAUGGCAAAGGCCUUCGCCCUGCAGAACUUCCCCGAUGUGGCCGGUCAAGAUGAAAUCCUGAACAUUUCCAAAGAAGACCUGGUUAGUUACAUGUCCAACGACAGCCUGAACACAAAAGCUGAGGAGCUGGUCUAUGAGACGGUCAUCAAAUGGAUUAAAAAGGAUCCCAGCAGCAGAGUCCAGCAUGUGUCUGAGCUGUUGGCGGUGGUGCGGCUUCCGUUCAUUCAUCCCAGCUACCUGCUGAACGUGGUGGACAACGAGGAGCUGAUCAAAUCUUCUGAGGCCUGCAGGGACCUGGUGAACGAAGCCAAGCGCUACCACAUGCUGCCACACGCCCGCCAAGAGAUGCAGACGCCCAGAACUCGCCCGCGACUGUCUGCCGGUGUCGCUGAGGUGAUCGUGCUGGUGGGUGGGCGGCAGGUCAUCGGUAUGAACCAACGCUCGCUGACAGCCGUCACUUGCUUCAACCCUCAGAACAACAAGUGGUACCCCCUGGCCAGCUUGCCUUUCUACAACCGCGAGUUCUUCUCCGUCGUAUCGGCGGGGGAUAAUAUCUACCUGUCAGGUGGCAUUGAGUCGGGAGUCACGCUGGCAGACGUGUGGUGCUACAUGUCCCUGCUGGAUAAUUGGAAUCUUGUGUCUCGGAUGACAGUCCCGCGGUGCCGGCACAACAGCGUGGUGUACGACGGCAAGCUUUACGCCAUUGGAGGACUCGGAGUGGCCGGAAACCUGGAUAAUGUGGAAAGGUAUGACACCAUCACUAACCAGUGGGAGAUAGUGGCUUCUUUGCCCAAACCUGUCCAUUCUGCAGCAGCAACUGUCUGUGGAGGGAAGAUCUAUGUGUUUGGAGGGGUGAAUGAGGCCGGUCGCUCUGCUGGAGUGCUUCAAUCAUAUGUGCCUCAAACCAACGCCUGGAGCUUUAUUGAGUCGCCUAUGAUCGAUAACAAAUACGCCCCGGCUGUGACUCUGAAUGGAUAUAUCUUCAUCCUGGGAGGAGCAUACGCCAGAGCCACCACCAUCUACGACCCCGAGAAAGGGAACAUCAAAGCAGGACCCAACAUGAACCACUCCAGGCAGUUCUGCAGUGCGGUGGUCCUGGAUGGGAAGAUCUACGCGACCGGUGGCAUUGUGAGCAGCGAGGGCCCGGCUCUGGGAACCAUGGAGGCCUUCGACCCCUGUGCCAACGUGUGGACUCUGCAGCAGAGCCUGCCCUGCCCACUCUUUAGACACGGCUGCGUGGUUAUUAAGAAGUACAUUCAGAGUGGUUGACGCUGACACAGGCGAACACAACUCCACCGCCUCUAGCACACUGGACACCCACUUUCCACACGCCCAGGAUUAUGUGCUGAUACAGAAGCCUCGCUCACUUUCUGACACCCACUCGGAAUGUAGAAGCUAAUCAUCUCUGCCGGGCGCAAACAUGCCUUCGUGUAAUAUAGCGCACCUGACAGAGCUGUCAUUGAUGUGUUUCGUGGCUGUAGCCUUAAUGCUCUGUGGCCAUUGGGAUUGAACCUUUUUUCCCUUCUACAUAAUUCCUUUUUAUCUCUGUUUACAGAUUUCUGAAGCAUUUUUUGCAUUGCUACCAUUUUAAUGUUUGCAUAAUGUUCUUUUCAUUUUUCUUACAGCAAUACUGUAAAAUGACACCGUCUGGUUUCAGUAAUCCGUGUAAUGGUUCACUCAGUCGUAUCACUAUUUCAUCAUAUCCAAUUCACAAGCACUUUUUAAUUACGUAGGGGAACAAAGGGACAAAUUGCUUCUCUAAAAGUGCACUAAAACCUCAUUGGACCCUUUGCUAAGCUCCGCCUGCCUUUGUUACUGUUGCUCACUCAGACAAAUUUAACAAGAAUGGUGCAAUUGUAAGUAAAAGGAGCUCAUGAAGUGGUAAAAAGGGAUUGGAUAUUUUUCUUACGUGGGCUGGAAUAAAGCGUGACAUUGCAGAGGAUCUUUUAUCUGCCGUUUUUGAUCCGAAACUGAUAAAUUACACAGUAAAGUGAUUAAAAACUGUGAGACUGUGAA